UAUGUUCUUAUAUAUCAGAAUGUGAUUUUUUAAGACUAACAAUUUUGUUUUUGUAUUUUGAACAGAACACCCUUUUGCGUAGUAAGCACCCAGAGUUGACAAGCACCAUAAAGAAAUCGACAUGUGUUUUAGCUGUUGUUUUGUUUGUAGCUUUGAACAUUGGACCUUUCAGCACUCUGAAGGAGCAGUGGAAACUAAACCGACCAGAUUUACUACCCAGCUCUAUGAUUCACCAUGGAAGAGCACUUCUGAAUUAUCAAGGAGAUGAGGAUGGUAGCAACAUUGAUAAACCACUUGUGUUUGGUCCAGCUGUCAAUAAAUUCCAUGACAGACAGACAGUCGCCAAGGUGGACCCGAGCAUGCUAAACACUUCACAGAAGAAGUCAUCACCGUUGAAAAGUAGAAAUGCUGAGAGGAGGGACUUAAUGGUGAUAAAGAACAAGUGGGACUUCCUUGGUGAUUCAAGACAGAAGAGAAGGAAUCUCAAAAGGAAGGAAAGGAACCUUAAGUCAAGAAGAAAGAUUGAAAGUAAACAACAGAAUGGAACACUAGAUGAUCAGUUUUACUGCCCAAGUUAUUUUAACAAGACAGAAGCAACAAGAAUUAAUGAAGCUCUGGAAGGUUGGGUGAAGAGAUAUGAGAAUCAACAGAUUUUGAAACAGAGAAAACAAGGACGGAGGCAGACCAAGAUGGAAUCUGCUAUCAAAGAGCUUGCCAGACUGGCAUCAAACUGUUCAGCAGAUGUCAAGAGGAAAAUCAACAGGCAUAAGUUUUCACGAAAGCACAAUCCAGCCUCCAAAAACGCAGUACAGUUAUUCCAAAGAGAAGAUAAGUUCAAGACGUUUGAGGAAGAAAUUAACAAGAAAUCAGACACGUUGUACAUUGUGUCUUUCCGAGGGGACCAUCUGGUGUUCCCUGCCACUGAAUACAACGCAACGCAAAGGCCCAAGAUGUCUUUUAUGAUAAUGGCGCCUCCUAACAGAACGGAAUGGCAGCAAGAUGACAACAGAGACAAAGACUUGGUUACCAUGAUGCAGAUCGACUGUCAAGUCAUGGACACCAAGUUUGUGACUAUCAAGAAGUCAAGCAUUCCCGUGCCCUCCACAGACAGUCCACAUUUUAGCACCCCAGCAUCAGUUUCUGUCCCGCAGGAUUACAGCGCACCGGCUGGGAACACGUUUGUGAAACCCGCCAAAUAAAACACCCCAAGUGUCUUACGUGAAAGAACGCGAAAAGGAAGAAAUAAAUAGUUUUGUUUUCGAGGGCAGCAAGAAGUAAAGCAAUGCCCAUCGAUUCAAUUACGGGUCAAAUCAUAGUUCAAAAAUUGCAAUUUGUGGACCCCAAAAAAGAAAUUAACUAAUAAUAUAAUAAAAGGUAAAAGUUUUAUGCCAUUUUCACUCAAAGUGUUUACUGCAUGAUGUACCAUGACAUAAGCUUUGUUACUCACCAGACGAAAAGUGUUCUCCAUGUCCCACCUUCCUUACGCACCAUACAUAUUUACCAAGUGGAAGAAAUUUUUUGCCGAAGGCAAUCUGUAGCUUUGUACAGUUUUUUUAUCGCUGCGUUUUAAGUUGCACAGAGUGUUUGGCGUUAAAUGACGUAGUUCACCGUUGAAUAAAGUAGACCUUGUGAAAUCUGUUGAGUACUAAUUACUGACUGCUGUCAUUUCAACUAAUGGUUCAACGACAUUACUUGUUUAACGAGACUUUUGUAAUGUAUUUGUGCAAUAAAAAUGAACGGAGUACGUCA